AUGCGUUGUUCACCAUGCUGGGUCAUUGCCAGCCUCGCUACGGGUGUGCUCGCCUUCUUUCCCUAUGAGAUCUCAAUUGAUUCUACAAUCAGUAGUGAUUCAACUAUAGAGACUGUACAGCGUCGCUUCCUGCCAUAUGUUCUCCAGCCUCUUGAUUCCGAUGACAGCCCGUCCACACCACCACUCACCUUGGAUAUCAGGAAGAUCCCCGUCCGUCGCGAUGAUACCUACGCCAUCGUUGAAGCUGAUACCCCAACUCUCUCUAUGAGCGCUCCCCUAGAUCAGGAUGGUGUGGACUUUUCUUACUUUGCCGUCGUGGAAGUUGGUUCACAGAAGGAGGAGAUGUGGUUGGUCCUCGAUACUGGAUCUCCAAGCAGCUGGGUCUUUGGAACAGACUGCACAUCCUCUGUCUGUGAAAAACAUCACAGAUACGACUCCGACAACUCGACUACUUAUGAUUCCAACAGCUCUACCAUCUCCGUGGCCUAUGGAAGCGGCAGUAUCAAGGGUAAACUUGGGCAGGACACCUUCUCAAUCGCCGACAUGGAUGUGAAAUUCUCAUUUGGAUCGGGUACAUCUGCCACGAGUGCCUUCGCAAGCUACCCUAUUGACGGUAUCCUCGGCUUGGGUCAGUCAAUGACUGCUGGCUGGACAAUUCCCUCGUUCAUGGACACGGUAGCCUCGGAAGGUUACCUGAAGUCUAAUAUUGUGGGAUUUAGUCUUUCGCGUGCUGCAGAUAAUGCAAAGAAUGGUGAAGUCAACUUUGGUCAAGUCGACACAACCAAGUUUGUCGGUGAAAUCUCUUACACCUCAAUCGACUCAGACAUCUGGAGUAUCCCGGUUGACGAUGUCUACGUCAACGGUAAGGCCUGCGGCUUCUCCAGCAAGUCUGCAACUAUCGACACAGGUACUACGUACAUUCUGAUUCCGCCGGACGAUGCAAAGACUGUGUUCUCGCAUAUUUCUGGCUCUUCAGAGUCGGGUGAACAGUUUAUCAUCCCAUGUGACACCAAUGUCACCUUGGAGCUGGAAUUCUCAGGGGUAAAGUACUCUAUUUCACCGAAGGACUACAUCGGAUCAAAGAGUGGCAGUGGCUGCGUGUCCACAAUUUUGGGCUACCAGUACUCUGGCGUGAACCAGUGGCUUGUUGGAGACGUCUUCCUAAAGAACGUGUAUGCAGUGUUCGACUUUGACAACAACAAAGUCGGCUUCGGGGCCAAAACAUCCUCCUCCUCGUCCUCGUCCUCCAACGAAACUUCUUCGUCAAGUGAUACUACAACCUCGACCGAUGCUGCCACCACUAGUAGUACUAGUGUAGACGACAUAUCCACUAAUGCUGCCGCAACUGGUACUACCAGUGCAGACGAUAUACCCACUACAUCUUCCACCGACACGCCAUUGGGAAAUGCUAUCCUGACAACAAAUUCUGCAUCUCACCUUUCAUUGGGUGCAUUCCCCACCCUUGCAGUGAUAAUGUGCAUGCUAUUCCUCUGA